GCUUAACGUGAGACUGAACCGCCCAGUGUUGCUGUGAUGACACUUGUAACGUGUAAAAUCCUUUUACUAGCGUACACGAGGUGAAGUGAACCCGAAUGUAUGAAGUCAGACAGACAGAUAGACAGGCAGACAGGCAGACAGGCAGACAGACAGACAGACAGACAGACAGACAGAUAGGCAGACAGACAGACAGACAGACAGACAGAAGAAGAGGAGCCGACGGUUUUUCUUAUUGGCUCGCGACGCUUCUAGGGGGCGGCAGUGACGUCACAGCUCCACUGGAUCUCUGUGCUUCAAUUGGUUUAAGAUUGUCUGCGUAUGCGGGUGUUUUCACGCAGGUCCUGUAAUCCGUGGGUCGGCUGUUUGCGGCAGGGACGCGAGCUUUUAGCUGAUCGAAGGACGCCAGAAGAAGAAGAAGAGAGAGAAAGGGAGAUAAAUAAUAAACAGAAAUAUACACCAUAAACAUUGGUGGGGAACAUAAAUCCUCACGAAGGUGAUGGUGGCUCUUCGGUGGGAAACACAUACGAGCAUCUUGUCUGGUGAAAACAUUUUAAUGUUUUAUCUCCGAUCGUUUCAGUGCUGAAGCAAACCAGGAGAACAUGUCUGUCAUAUUCAUGUCUAAAAAGAGGAAAAUCUCAAGGCCUGAGAAAAAGCCUCAUUCAGGAGAUCCAGAACUGAUGGAGAAAGUGGUUGCAGCAUGUCACGCUGCUCCAUCCACGACUGAAGGGGCGAAUCUCCAGCAGAUAAAAAGAACAUACGGCAGAAAAAAAUAUCAUGAUAUGCAGCCGGUCUCCAGGCUUCCUCCAGAAGAUGGAUCUCCGUGCACGUCAGUGGUCCACGCCAGCUCUUUGAACGGCUCUGUUAAGCAGCCGGUGGCAUGUGGUCCUGCUGCUACAUGCAGGACAAAGGACAACGUUGGCUCUGGUUUGGAGAUGAGAGAGAGAGUUCCCGUCAUAGUUCCUGUAGCACAGUACGCUCAGAGGACUUCGUCAGCUCACAGCACUAAAAGCAGAAGGUCUGAGUUCUUCUGCGUGAAGAAGGAGACGCCCAGUUAUCCUCCAGGAAGUCAAGAGGAAACUUGGCAGCUUCAGAUCCUAGCGAAAGGCAGAGUAACGUGUCCCAAGUGUAAACGUGUGUGCAGGAAAACAGUGGAGGGACUGAAGAAACACAUGGUGGCCUGCAAACUGCACGUGUUUAAAUGCACACACUGUGGGAAACAGCUGAAGACGUCGACUGGGAUGAAGUAUCACCUCAUGGCUGAUCAUAAUAAGCUGCCCACCCCAGACGACGGACGCGGACUGGACGACCAUGCAACGAAAGAAAAAUUGCGCAAAGUGCUAAAACGGCUGGGAAAAUUAAAAUGUUCAAAAGAGGGGUGCACCGGCAGCUUCACUAGCAUAAUGGGCUACGUUUAUCACAUGAGGAAAUGCGGGAAAGCCGAGUCCGAGCUGGAGAAACUCUUAAUGAACUGCAAGCACUGUGGGAAGCCGUAUCGCUCCAGAGCAGGACUGGAGUACCAUCUCAGAUCAGAGCACGGCCCGAAACCCCAACAGUCUGAUGCAAACGGCCAACAGGAAGAGAGCGCGGAGCAUGAAUACAGCGGCAGAGCCAAACGCACAUCAGCCCAGGUGGCUAUAUUUCACCUGCGUGAGAUCGCCAACCAGGAGCUGUUCAAGGAGUGGCCCAAGAGGAAGGUGCAGCAAGACCUGGUCCCUGAUGACAGGAAGCUCCGUUAUUCCCGUCCUGGAUUACCAGCCUUCAGCCAGGAGGUGUUGAGGAAGUGGAAGAAUGAAGUGAAACUGAACAGAAGAAUGCUGUGUCCUAACAAGGGCUGUGGCUGCUACUACACCAGUGUGUCGGGUCUAAAGGCUCAUCUGGGGCUCUGCACCCUGGGUAACUUUCACACUGGGAAAUACACGUGUCUGAUAUGUAAGAAGCAGUUCAACUCAGAGAGUGGAGUGAAAUACCACAUUAACUCUGUUCAUUCCCAGGACUGGUUUGUGGUCAAAUCCAAGGCCAAGAGUUUCACCUCCAGCAAAAAGUCCAAGCCAAAGAAGCUCUGCACACCAAACCCAGCUCUGGUUUUCCCCCAGGAAGCUUGGCAGGAUACAGAAACUCCCACAGAAGCAACCACCAGUGAGUCGGUGUGCGCCGAACAGCCAGAGAUGAAGACGAAAAACGAGGAAAAGUGCAGGAAGUACAACCUGAGAGCGAAGAGGGAGAAAGCCUGCAGUGAAAGCCAGAGCAGUAGCAGUGGAAGUGAGACCUCCAGCAGCGAGUCAGAAGCAGAGCUUCAAGAAGGGAGUGAUUCCUAAAGCUACACAAGCCACAACCUUAACCUGCGAAAGCUGAGAAAGAACAUAAAACACAAUCCACUAAGACUGUUUAGUGUUUAAAACUGUUUAUUUCCCUUUUCAGCCUUUUUGAAAUAUCUGGUUUUUAGGUGGUUUCAUAUUACAGAUUCGUGACUCAUGUGACAGUCAAAGGUGCCAAUACUUAC